CCCACCGCUGACACCAUGUCGGCAGGAGGCCUGCUGAAGCUAUGCUGUCUGGUGUGGGUUCUGACAGCAGAGUUACCGGCCCAGGUAACCGCCGUGGAGCAUUGUACGACUGAACAAGCCGAGGUCUGGAGGCUCGCGGAGCUCGCCUUGGCUAUCCUAAGGGCUUUUACGGGAGAGGUGCCUGACCUUGACGCAGAGAACGCAAGAAUCAACGCAGAGGCAGACGCCGCUAUUGCAGCUCUUGAAGCCGAAGCAGCCUUCUCUCAACUACCCAAUGUGUGCACGGGUGAAACACAGUGUCCCUGUACGGAGUCCUACUCUCAGCGUUACACAACCAACUGUGGCAUCUUCGGACUCGGAUGGUCAACCUGUACUGAGUACCGAACAGGGUACCGGGAAACCACCUGCCCCAAGACGACUUAUCACUGCUGUGGCGGUUACGAGUACGCAUGGAGCCGAUGUGUUCGAAUCUGUACCGACCCCCUGUGUAACUCUCACUUGUGCGACAACGACCAGUGUCCAAGCUGCGUGUACGACCAUGGAACCUACGACGGCAAGCCAGCAAGGGCGUACGACGCUUCCGGAAUGAACUGCAACAAGCGUUGUUCGUGGAGGAGUGACAGUAACCUGUGCUUCCCUGGAACGUGUGAGCUGAUUGGUUCCUGCUCGUGCACUUCCGGUUUCACUGGCACUUCUUGCACAACUAUCCAGCAGCAGCCUGAAUUCAUGCACUGGCUGGCAAUGCUGCACGACAACUCUGGUGGAGUGUCUGAUUUAGACAAGGACAAUCUGGACGUCUGGACCAACAAGGUACCCACCAGACUGGAGUUUGAAUGGGCCCUCUCGUACACUCGGCCGAACCCUGCAUUCUAUUCCUACAUCCGGGCUUUCAAAGUUGGCAUCAUGGAAAGUACGGUGUCCUGGAGCCACAAGAGAAGUGGAGCGGUUGUGACAAGUGGUACAGUGCCCUGUGAUGUCACUCUCAGUAAGACCAACCCUCCCCUGGACUCAGCCAUAACAUGCGAUAACGACCAAACCUGGUCAUCUAACAUCGUCCACGGGGAUGAGAUUGAAAUUGAAAUUAGGGCCAAAGUAGGUGGUUUCUUCACGUACCACGACUUUGACACGAGGCAGAACCACAACCGGUACUUCACCGACGGACCGUACGCCACAGACGCCUCUGGAGCAAAGUGGAAGUAUGACUCCACCACACCCCUUCAUUCAGGGACCUUCCAGCAGAUGUUGGACGUUGGAGAUCCCUUCACAAAACAGAGUCCCACAGCCAGGUGGAGUGGAUGGGGCGACACUGGGUCUGGUAUACAGAACUAUCACGUCGAGGUUUACCGUAUGGACCAUACACAAGGGGACACACUGAGGGAAAUUUUCACUGCCAUGUAUGAGGCGAGCCUAGAAUCCACCGUGAGUGAGUACGCAGUCAACCUGGCAGGGGAGGACCCAGGAGUGUUCUCUGUGGUCCUCAUCGUCGAAGACGCCUCUGGUGGGAACGAAGUUGGAAACCUCAAGAGGGCCCGUAGGUUCUUCAUCUUUGACGACAGCUCGGAUAUCACCAUUGAUGAGGAGGCUGGCCUGGCGGAGGUUGGAGACAUGUGGCUAUCAACUGCUCUGGAGGAGACUGAUUUUGUGUGGCAAGCGAACCUUGACCAAGAAAUCGUUCUCCAAUACCAAGACCACUUCAUUCAGCACACUCACCACAACGGCAAGUUUCUCAACGGCAUCCGGGAGUUCCCACUGUUGGACAAUGAUUAUGACGAUGUGGACACUACGGACAGGUCUCGGCAGCCCAUUGACAACGAACAGGGCAUUGUGAAGUUUGAGACCUCCGUCCAUGUAGACCAUGCUGGUGGCACCACCAAACAACCGGGAACAUGGACAGAUGUGGAUGAUCUACAUGCAGGAACACAGUCGUUUACAGUCGCCAGGGAGGAUGGUGACACUGUGACAGUCUACACCAGAGCAACAGACAUCGUGGGAAACCAACAGACAGACGAUGUAUCCAUCCACAUCGACAGCUCUCCUCCAAUCAUAGAAGACUUCUGGCUGGAGAAAAAUGGCGUGGAAGGCAUAACUGUCCACAACGCCAGAGAACUAUAUGACUGCCUGGUGAAGUUCACCGCAUACGACAUCCACAGUGGCCUGUACACUAUUUCCUGGGAGUUAGUGGACAUGGCGGACGAGUCUGUUGUUCAUGGAAGUGGUGACUUGGCUGUCCAGGUUGAGCCUGAAGCCUCCUGUGCAGCAGAAAACUGCCAGUGUACCCCCAUGACUCCCUGCUACAUCACCAAGUACGAGAUAGUUCCCGAUGCCUCCAAGAUGACCAUUCCCCUCGGAGAACACGACAGUGACUACUACUUCUACGUCACCGUCACAAACCGAGCUCGACUGGUCACCACCGAUAGACUCCAGAUAACCAUUGACAUCAGCCCUCCAGAAACAGGCCACGUCACCGACAACUAUGCUGGCCAAACCGACAUCGACUUUCAGAGUGAUGCAAACAUGCACUUCAGUUGGGAAGGAUUCUUUGACCACGAGAGCGGCAUAAUAAGCUAUCAAGUGUUCUUCGACACCCGGUGUGGGACUGCAAGUGACUUUGGAAUUCCAGUUCCAGACACGGCGACUGAGAAGACGACCACCGAGCUGCAGCACAGUUUCACGGCGUCCUCCCCCGGCACGUACUACUGCACCGUGGUCGCCUUUAACCGCGCCUUGUCUGCCUCCGAACCGGUGUGUUCUGACGGGAUUCUGUACGACACGUCUCCGCCCUCCAUAACCAACAUCGUCAUCGAGAACAUCCGGGCUAGGACGGGAGCCUUUAAGGACAGCGGAGGCAACGUUUGGAUGAUGGACAACCAGCUCAGGAAAGUUGCUGUUGACAGUCCAUCUUCUGCUUGCAGCUCCUCAGCCUUGCAGCUCGGCGAUGCCACCAUCUUCCCAGACCGCCCAGUUGUCGACGUGAACGCUGAUCAGUACGAUGAUCCAGAGACUGUCAGGCUGGCGACAUCAGCGGCGUGCGAAUCAGACGGCAGUCUGCCAACCCCUUUCUUCGUCACUGCAGACAAACAUCUGGUUGUGUACUGGAACGGUUCUGACGGUGAGAGUCAGAUUAACGACUACCAGGUCGGCCUCAGUUCUACUGAAUCUGGAGCCUCCAGUCCAAACAUCAUGCCCCUCACCUCAACUCACGGACAUACCGUCUUCAAAACUAGGCAUUCUGGUCUCGGCGAAGGCCAAGAAUUCUACUUGGGCAUAACAGCAACAAACAAGGCAGGCUUGUCAACAACAAAGACCAUAGGCCCAAUCAUUGUUGAUGCAAGACCCCCGACGUUUUCUGGACAAGUGACAGUUUCCGUGGAGGAAGACCACAUUGUCGGCAGAUGGCCAGCCAACGGGUUUUCAGAUGACGAGGACUCGUCUGGGCUUACAUAUGAAUAUGCCAUCGGCCAUGAGGCUGGGAAGGAAGACGUUGCUGCGUACACAGCCAUAACCAGUGAGGGACCCUGUGGGGGUGCAUCUGGCUGCACUGCUGUUCAUAGGGACAACAUACAGUGGGGAAUACACGGCACCCAUACCUACUACAUGUCCAUCAAGGCUACGGACACUGCCGGACUGACCACCGUGGUGACGUCCUCUCCGUACGUUCAUUACGAGGGCGUGCCUACUGCUGGUGUGGUAGAGGACAUCAACCCUGACCCUCAGGCUCCUGUUUACGACUAUCUCCAGCCGGCAGAUGCAGACUUCCAGACGACGGCCACCACGCUGUCUGCUCGCUGGUCCGGCUUCCUACACGAACAUCGGGACAUCUCGUACCAGGUGGGAGCCGGGACGUCACCAGGUGGUACGGACGUGGUUGGGUUCACUUCUGUUGGGCAAAACACGGAGUGGAGCAGGACUGGACUCAGCCUUACGUCCUUCCAGACGUAUUACAUCACGGUGAAGGCCAGUAACAGUCUCGGGGACACAACCGUCACCUCGGACGGAAUAACGGUUCUGCAGGACGGAGACUCUCUUCAAGGAGCGGUCGUCACGGACGGGCUGGAAUGUUCGGAUCAACAUGAUGAGCUACAUCAAAUACAGACCAUCCGCUCAGCAUGCUACGACUCGUCACCGUCAAUCUACCAGACGUCAAAGGCAGCCGCGGCUGCUCAUUGGUCCAUCCCACCUGCCAAUCUUGCCCACGUGACCAACGUCCAAUGGGCGAUCAUACAGGAAGUAGAGGGGGAGGAGACUGUGGUGCAGGACUACGUGAACCUGGGCAUGGCAGUUCACGGGUUGGCUGUAGAUCUGUACCUCCAACCAAAUAUCACCUACAAGUCCAAAGUGUUGUUCUGUCACCAGGCUGGCUGUUUUGCUCCAGUCUACAGUUCCGGCUUCCUGGUGGCUCCAGAUCCACCCUUUCCCGGGUCUCUUCACGUCACCAGUCCGUACCCAGAUUCAGGCACCAGGAGUGCUGACGUCAUCUUUGACAAGUUCGGUGACCUGUACUACCCUACUGAUGACGUCAUGAACUUCUAUGACUGGGCCGUUACUGAUGACUCAGAGGAUGGAAAAUUACUGACUGACUGGGCAACAGUCACUCCAACUUCUACCAAUGAAACAGCAAUCUUCUUCUCUGUGACCGGGCUGCCUAAAGAUUUGACAAAGUGUCUUAGUCUGGUGGUGAGAGGCCACGCCCACACCGGGCUGUCAGCGUCCGUCUCCGCGGAGAUCGUCCAAUGUGAACAAACCGACACAAACAGAGGGCUUAACUACUCAACAGUCAUAGACACUCGCCCUAACAUCACACUUGAGCUGAACGGAGACUGGACAGAGUAUGACAUUGACUACACCAGUGAGACAACGAUGCUGUCUGCCGUCUGGCCGACGUUACGUCACCGGAAAUACGAGUUUGCCGUCCUGGAGGACAAGUCAGGGUCAAGUCUGUCUGCCAUGGCCGGACAUCAUCUCAGUAUUCCUAACCCUUGUGAUCACCAGGAUAUGAUAGCGUGUGGAAGAACCACCCAUGAAUACAUCAACGUGAAUGACCUGAGCCUGGAACAUAACAAGCGGUACAUCGUGUGUAUCCACGCCCAGGAGACCUCCAUCACGUACGAGAAGUGGGUAGAAACGCUGCCGGAGACGGCCGUCUGUAGCAGCGGGGUGACGGUGGACGUGACUCCGCCCAACGCUGAUGCUGCCGACGUUUGGAUUGGCUCCAACGACAAAUCCAACUAUCAGGUGUCAACGACUGAAAUGUUUAUUCAGUGGGAUGAGUUUGUGGAUGUUGAAGAACAUCAUGCUUCUAUGCAUCAUUCUGGGAUCGAGCACUACGAAUAUGCAAUCGGUACAAUUGCUGGUGGUUCAGAUAUCCAGAGCUGGACAGACGUCGGUAUAACAGACCACGUCACUCUGCAUGGACUUAGGCUACAACAUGGCUGGUCGUACUACGCAACAGUCAAAGCUGUGGAUUUUGUCGGACUGUCGACCAGCAAAGGUUCCCAGAGAGUGACCGUUGACACCACACCUCCACUGAAGUCGGACACUCACAUCAACGUGGGGGGCAGUUUUCACUACAGUUCAUCAUCGGCGUCUGCAAGCUGGGAGGGUGUGUUCUACGACACAGAGAGCGGAGUGUCGUUCUUUGAGUGGGCGGUCGGCUCCAGGGCGGGUCAUGCCGACAUCUACCCCUUCACUAGGGUGGAGGAGACGGAGGCUCAGACAGAUGAGAACAGUCCUCUUCAGCUGCAUGAAGGGCAUGAGUAUUAUGUUUCCGUCAAGGCCUAUAACGGAGCCGGGCUGAUGACUAUGGCGACGUCCUGGGCCGUGGUUGUGGAGACGUCCCCGCCUGAGGCCGGGAAUGUGUACGACGGACCCACGAGUGGCGCCGUGAACGACAUAGACUAUCAGGACGACGUCACGACCAUCCACGCCCACUGGGACGGUUUCCACGACCCCCAUUCUGCCGUGGUGAGCUACACGUGGAGCGUCGGGGUGUGUGCCGGAUGUAGCGACAUUCUGGCUCCACAGAACGUCGGGAUUCUUCAAGCUGCGCGUGUGGACGCCCUUCAGCUGACCCCAGGAGAGACGUACUACGUGACGGUGACGGCGUGUAACGCUGCCGACCUCUGCACCACCGUGUCGUCUGACGGAGUCAUCCCCGACGACUCCCCGCCUGUCGCCGGGAGAGUCCUGGAUGGGGCUCAGGGAGAGGAGGCCUCCUACCAGGCAUCAACGAGCAGUUUGGCUGCCCACUGGUACGGGUUCAAUGACCCCCAUUCUGGACUGGCCUACUAUGAAUGGCGCGCUGGUACUACACCGGGCGGAAGUAACAUCCUGGGACUAACACGGCUCCACCUGACGAAUGUAGCUGUGAAGACAGGACUCUCCCUUCCUGUCAACACCCUGAUCUACGUCACAGUGAAGGCAUACAACCGUGUGGGGAUGUCUGUAGAGACCACAUCCAACGGGUUCCGAGUGGACACCUCUGCACCGACCGUGACGACAGCCGUGCACUUUGACCACACCCACGGUUCCUUCGUGAGUGGAACACAAACAUGGCGGUCUGGUGUGAAGAUAAAAUGGCGGUUUGACGACAGCGAGAGUCUGGUGGUGGAUCAGCACGUCUCUCUGUCCAACCAUCACGGAGCGGAGGUCGCCAACAUAAAGCUCAAUGGCACAGUGUAUGAGUACACGUUCACCGAGCUCGCACUGGAUGAUGGGAACAACUACGUUGCAAAGGUGAUCGGGUGUAACAACGCAAGGCUCUGCACGGAAACCAUAACUGGAUCUCUACUGGUGGACUCUUCCAAGCCACUGACCGGACACUUCGCCAUUAACACGACCCACGCCGCCCGGCUGACCAGGCACAGGGACAGCUGGAUGACCUACGAUAACAGCGGAACUCCGACCCUGAAGCUGGCCUGGCUCGGCUUCAGUGACUACCACUCUGGGAUAGACAGACUCAUGGUGGCAGUCGGGACUGGGUUCUACGGAAGGGACAAGACUCUGAAUGGUGCACCACAGGUUCUAGCUCACGGAAACACGAAUGGUGACCAGGAGGACGACGAAGGUUAUGUCCACACAGGGACGGUACAGCUGUCAAGCGCAGUGUCUGACUACAGCACUCUGUACAUCUCCCUAUGGGCCAUCAACGGGGCGGGGUUGGCCAGUACCGUGGCACAUUCAGCUUUUGAGGCGGUCCCUGCCUCUGGAUCUACUGGUAAAUUGACGCUGGUGCGUCGGUGCGACGCACACUCCUGCUACGGACAUUGUAUCUGUGCACCCUUCAACCAGAACUGUGCCCGGCCUAGCGGAAAUACCUGCACACAAGCCGAUUCGAGCUACUCCACUAUCGAAGUUUAUGACAAAACCGACUACAGCCUCCUGACCAAUGGGGACACGUCUGACGCCUCCUUCACCUACUCCACAUGCGCACUGGCGGCCAACUGGAGGGAGGCUACAAUAGGGUCUGCCGGGAGACCGUACAGAUACGAGUGGAGCGCUGGGAUUAGUGGACAAACGGUUGGUUCCGGGUUGUUCGAUCUUGUGUACGACCGUGUCUGGUAUGAUGUAGGUCUGGAGACCAGCGCUGUUCUCACCCUUCCAGUUGGAACAUCCCUGGAGCCUGGUGUUACCUACGUGUUCUAUGUGAGAGCCUGGUACACCGACAACAUCUACAGGGACUUCCAGUCUAACGGAGUGAGAGCUGAUCAAACUCCACCAAAGAGAUCAAGUUCGAGGAAGAUCAAAGACCUGACGUCCACAUCAGACGAACACGAUAUUGAGUACAUGGCCCAAACAAACAGCCUGAGCGCCAGCUGGGAGUAUGUCUUCCUGGACGCCAUCAAUGAUGGGAACGACCGUCAUUUCCAGCGCUUUGAGUUGGCUCUGGGCACCUACCCUGGAGGAGAAGACGUGAAGAGGUUUGCGGAUAACGUGGUCUCCGGGACCGCCACGUCCCACACCUUCACGGGCCUGAGCCUGCAGUCAGGCAGGACGUACUACACCUCCGUACGGCCGUACAACUUCGCCGGACUGCACAGUACCUUCCACAGCGACGGUGUCAUGGUGGACACGGUGGCACCGACACCAGGGGUCGUCUUUGAUGGAAGGGGUCCUGGUGAUGAGACCUACACUUCAAGUUCAACCAUCGUGUCUGCGUUUUGGCACGGGUUCAACGACCUGGACUCGGGCAUAGACAAACAUUUCUGGUGCAUUGGAGAAACCAACAGCCAAUCAGAGUGUAACGUCAUGGACUGGACCGACACCGGAUUGGUCCAGGAGCGAACCGUCACACUUUCAAACAGUCUUACAAGUGGACAACGUUAUUACAACAAAGUGAAGGGUCAGGACGCCGCCGGGCACCAGUCACCAGUCGCCGUGUCUGACGGGUUCCUUGUGGACACCUUCCCGCCGAUCCCAGAGGCCAACCUGCAGAUAGGGGAAAACCUGCUCCUCAAUCCGUCAUUUGAAGACACAGUAGCCGGUGGAGCAGGUUGGGUACUUGAAGCUGGAUCUGUGGCAGAACAGAUCUCCUCCUUACCCACUGACGACUUCCAGACCAAACAUGGACGUUCUCAUCUCCUCUUACAUGGCACCAUGUCUCAGACCUUCACCACUGUGGCAGGCCAAGAAUACCGCAUCACAUUUUUCGCCAACCAAGAUCUGACCACGGACGUCCCCCGUCUGACCCAAGAAGGUCUGCUGACGGCCCCAGGUCUUCAUCAGGUGUUCAAACUGCGGAACAGACAGGUGUCCACUGUCGACACCACCUCUACAGAACAGUGGGACACCUGGCAGAAACAAAUCUUCUACUUCACUGCGGCCGGCACCGGCUCAACUGUCACCGUCCAGUCUGUUGGGACGAAGGCAGGGAUUUCACUGGAUAACUUUAAGGUGGAGCCAGUGACCUACACCACCACCCACUUUAACUCCACGGCCGUGUAUGAAGGCUACAUCGACCUGACGGCCCAGACCCUGUCAGACUGGGGGUCGGUGUCGGCCAAGUGGAGCAUGGUGGAUCCUGAGUCUCCUAUUGUGGACUACUCCUGGGCUAUCGGCACUGCUAAAGGUGGCACACAGCUGCAGCCCUUCAGAGCUAUCGGAGUCCAGAACAGCGCACAGAACAGCGGUCUCUUCUUACAUCAUGGUUCCUACGUCCAUGUGGUCGUCAUGGCAACCAAUGCAGCAGGGCUGUCUGCAGUUCUGUAUUCUGAGCCUGCGCUGGUUGACCUGACUCCCCCUGUGAUGGGAACAGUUCUGGACGGAGCCACGGGUGACGUGGACGUGGAUUACCAGAACACUGACAUCAUCUGUGCCAACUGGCCUGACGUUAGUGAUGAAGAGAGCGGUAUCAACUACUGCGAAUGGGCUCUGGGUACAACGCCGCAUCUGGCCAACUUGAUGAGGUUCACGACAACCAAAAUAGCAGGAGACGGAAAAUCCGCCUGUAUUGACUCACAGUCGUUCAUCGCUCAUGGAACCAGGAUUUUUGUCAUUGUGCGGUGUCACAACCACGCCGGCCAGUCUGCCACAGCCAGUUCAGACGGAGUUGUCCUGACCUCCGUGCCCCCCAGUAUCGAGCACGCCUAUGUGACGGUUGUGAUCGAGCCGGUGACUCAGUACGCCCCCAGGAACCACUACCAGUACUCCCCGGACAAACUGCACAUCGCGUGGGGAGGCUUCGAGGACCCGUCCGGCAUCUAUUACUACGAGUACAUGGUUGAGGGCCCAGACUUCACCUCAGCAUGGGAGGAGGUGCCCUGGACAGGAGAGCACACGGCGACCUUGACUGACCUGCAGCUCGUUCCCGGGGCCACCUACAUCGUCAGUGUCCGGUCUGUGAACUUCCUUGGGAUGCAGAGUGACUCUGUCUCCACGGAGGUCAACAUCGCGGUUCAGGGGAGGCCUUCUGUCAGCGGUGGACUCCAGUUGUCCUGGGCAAGCUCAGAUACAAUGAUGAUUAAAUGGCCUGGUGUGUUCCGGUCAGAUAAUGACGACCUGUACUACGAGGUAUCAGUGGGUCUGGUGGAGGGUGGCAGUAAGGCGGGCCUUUGGUACGAGACCAAAUAUACCAACAUGACUGUCUCCAACCUGGAUUAUACAAAGGAAUAUCACGUGGCCGUCAAUGCCAUAGACAAUGCAGGGAUGUACAUCACUGCUACCGGGAUUCUAUCUCCUUAAAGUGAAGAAGACACAACUUUUGUGAAGACCUUGCUGUGCU